AUGGAGGAAAAAAGUGAGAAUGGUGAGAAAAUAGAGGAAAUCAUGUUACCAGGUUUUCGGUUCCAUCCUACCGAUGAAGAGCUUGUCGGGUUUUAUCUAAAGAGAAAGAUCCAACAAAGGCCACUCUCUAUUGAACUCAUCAAGCAACUCGAUAUCUAUAAACAUGAUCCAUGGGAUCUUCCAAAGCUGGCUAUGACGGGAGAAAAAGAAUGGUACUUUUACUGCCCAAGGGAUCGGAAAUAUAGAAACAGUGCACGGCCAAAUCGUGUGACAGGAGCUGGAUUCUGGAAAGCCACGGGGACAGACCGGCCGAUCUAUGCAUCUGAGGGUUCAAAAUGCAUUGGUUUGAAGAAGUCACUUGUGUUCUACAAAGGGAGAGCUGCAAAAGGUAUCAAAACCGAUUGGAUGAUGCAUGAGUUCAGGUUGCCUUCCCUCACUGAUCACACCGCUCCAAGCAAACGCUUCCUUGAGAAAACCAUCCCUGCCAAUGACUCGUGGGCAAUCUGCAGGAUAUUCAAAAAAGCAAAUUCAACUGCACAAAGAACACUAUCUCAUUCAUGGGUAUCUCCAGUAGUAGUGUUACCAGAAAGCACCCCUAAUUCUGAUCAUCACAAUAAUAAUAUCCUAACAACAACUCAUGACUUGCAACAUUCAUCCCUCACAAGCUUCUCUGCCAAUAUGGACAGUAACAACAACAUGUCACUAUACAAACCUUUGAAUACCGACUCCACACUCCCUACACUUAAUACUAUCAACAACAAACCACCUCAAAAUUCCAUUUCUAGCAGUACCGAAGACUUAAACUAUACCACUAGUUAUCCCUUUUUGCUCCCAGAGUCAAACUACGGUCCUAAAUCAUCGACUACUGUCGAUACGUCUUCUUUGCUAACCAACAUGCCUAGUUCCGUGUUUGGAGAUUUUGAUAAGCCUGCAGAGGGUAGUUUGGACUACAUGGCUAAUGGGUUGCAUCAUGAUCAACAACCAUUUUACAAUGGGUGCUGCUUCUCAAUAACUAAUUUUCCGAUGGGAAUGCAAGAACACUGUGGCGUCAACGGGGUUCAAGAUCAACAAGGCGCAGCUGGUGUAAAGGGUCCGAUUAAUGAAGGAACUAUCGAGACACAUUUUGAGGAGCAAUGUUGGGGUAGAUCAUCAUCUAGUAGUGGCUACCCCUUCAUGAGUUUGCCAUUGGGUUUGCAAGAUGCAUGGAAAUCUAGUUUUCUUUGUGAUUCUUCUAGUGAGACGAUUUCAACCGGUUUUUCCACAACUAACAAGUGCUAUAUAUAA